AUGAAGUAUACUCUUGUCCUCUCCGCUCUUUUCGCCACUGUCCUUGCUGUUCCGACUAGCAAUGGGGGCCAUGGUGGGGGUGAUGAAGAUCAGUCUACCGUCUGUGAAAGCCACCAAACCGUGGUCUGCAGCGGCAACGGAAAUGGAGGCUUGCUUUCUCUCGGAAACCUUCUAAACGGCUUGCUGGGCGAGAGCUGCUCAGGCGGUGAUGUCUAUUGCUGCUCGCAGAGCGAUGUGGAGCAGAUUGGUCUGAUCAACCUGGAUCUCAAUCUGCAGUGCAGCCUCAACCACCUGCUGUAA